AUGAAUUCCUCCAACAAUCUCCCGUUGGCCUCGGGGCCAUCACCGUCGGCUACCAUUGUUGUCUCAGCUCCAACUUUCGCCCCAAAUCCGAAUGCUCCCUCACAGUCUGUCUCGCCGUCACCUGGACCGGCCGCCCAACAAAACCAGCAGCAGCAGCCUCCGUAUCCCACUUCCGCCCCAGCCAACCAGAGCCACGCAGCGACAGCCAGCCUUUAUCAGUGUGCCCAUUGCCAGCGACGGUAUUCUCGCCCCGAGCAUCUCGCCAGACAUAUCCAGACUCACACUCUCGGCAAGCGUUUCGCCUGUCAAAUAUGCGGCAAAGCAUUCGCCCGCCAGGAUCUUCUGAAGCGCCAUGUCACUAACCACGAGAACGACAAUGACCCCAACAAGAAGAGACGCCGGACCGACACCUCGCCUGGUGCUGGUCGCGUAUCCCACGCCUGCCGGCCUUGCGCUACCGCUCGUGUCAAGUGCGAAGAGGUGAAGCCUUGCACCCGCUGUCGCAAUCGCAACCUCAACUGCGAGUACUCCUCAACCGAAGCAGGCUCUGCAGCCGCCAUGCACCUCCUCCACCUGUCCGGAAACCCCAACAACACCACAACCUCCACCCCUGGCUCGCUAGCCACGUCUCCGUCCCAGUCCGCAUACGACAGCAGCCCCUCCGCCGCGUACCAGCAGCCUCCCCAGCACCAUGCCGGUCUACCAAUGAACAUGAACGGCCAAAUUGCCUCGGGGCAGCACAUCAAGGCAGAAGGCGGUCAAUUGCCGACCCCGGAUAACGGCAUGGAACCUAUGCCGAAUGCUAUGCCCGUCAAUUACGAGAUCGGCGCACAAGGUGUCGAUAUGGCUAUGCCCUUUUCCGAUUUUCUGCAGAACGUCAUUUACGAGCCGGGCAUGGAAGCCUCGAGAAUGGCCGAAGCGCAAGGUCUCGCCGUCCUUGACUUUUGCGACAACUCGAACCUGGAGCUGAACGAGGUGGACUUUGGACUCCUCGAUCACUGGAACAUGGAUCACAUGAACCCUGGCUCGAAUCAGAGCUUUACGCCGCGCACCGACGACUCCGUCGACCUGGUUCAGAUGCGACAAACACUCGUCAAGGUCUGGACCGACUCUCCGUGGCAGUGGGCGCCAAACAACAAGGACUCUGGAUAUGUCGAGCAUGGCAACUUUUCCGUACCGUCGGGCGACACCACCAGCGCAGCCUUCCAGCAGAGCCGCAGCAAGCACCCGAGGAUCGUCAAGGACAAGCUUGACCAAUCUGGCCGGGAUCAGAUCUUGGCCAUCGUCCUGCAGACUUGCAAGAACGACGCGAUCAUGACGCGAGUCGCGUCCUCGUUCCCGUCGCUCGAGGUCAUGGACAGCCUGAUUCACAUCUACCUGGCUUCGCACUUUUGUCAAACGUCUCAAUGGAUUCACCACGGCUCGUUUUCCAUGAACGCACAAUGGCCGGAGUGGCUUGCGGUCGCAGCUUCAGCUGGAGCUACUCUUACUCCCGUGCAAACCUUGCGCAAGUUUGGGUUCGCUCUCCAGGAGGCGGUCCGUGUCACCAUUCCGGCAAGGUUCGAGGAUGCCAACACCACGAUCAAGAACCUGGGUCUGGUCCAGACGUUGAUCUUGGGCCAGGACAUUGGUCUCUGGAGUGGCAACCGACGCAAGAUGGAGAUCGCCGAGUGUCACCUCAUGAUCCCAAUCACUAUGAUGAGGUAUCGGGGCAAGUUCCAACGAGCAUCGUACCCCCUUGUCGAAGUCAAUAUGUCCGAUGAAGGCGAGGUUUUGGAGAGGAAAUGGCGGGCCUGGUGCGAGCGUGAGUCGUGGAAGAGACUACUUUUCCACUGCUUUGUGCGAGACGCUCAGACCUCCAUGACAACCCUCACCAACCCGUCGAUGUCGUACUCGGAGCUCACUCUUCCCCUCCCGGAGGCCAAGGAGAUGUGGUUUGCGAAAACGGCAGCGGAAUGGAAGAUGCAUUACUUGGAAAAAACUGCCGGGCAAAGCAAACGGCCCCCAUCGAUCGGCGACCUAUUCCGGGAUAUCAACCUCCUGGCGACCAACCGCCAACGCCUUGAUUUGCAAUUUGCAAUCUCCAUUUACCUGCAUGGCUAUUGGGCACUUAUUCUCGAGUACCUCCAGCUUUGUUCCGUCUUGCGUACCCGGACUUGGCUGAACAACACUGGGGGCCAUUCGGAGGAGGUGCUGCGCUCGAGACAUGCCGAGCUCUGCAAGGACCUGCAGGGCUUCCUGCAUGUCAGCACGGACUGGCACGAGAUGCUUUCAACACAGGAGAGCUUGGUUUUGCACCUCCUGAUGAUGAAUCUGCACUUGUCACUGAACGACUUGCAGCUGUUCUCGGGCAAGGAAGGCGAGGACCAGGCUCGUCGCGUUUUUGGCGACCUACGUGAGUGGUCGCAAAGCGCCGAAGCUCGCCAGUCUCUGUGGCACGCCGGCCAGAUCUUGCGCCAAGCCAAGAUGUUCCCUCCAGGCCAUCUGAAGGACUUUUACGCUGUAGCCGUACACCACGCGUCUCUGGCGAUUUGGACGUACGGAGUUGUGACCAAGGCGGUGGGCAACAAGCCGACGCCACAGACCGGAUACGAACAGGAGAACGUCUUCCUAGACGGCACAGAGUCGACCGUUGUACACCGCUUUAUCGGCUUCAGCCAAGGUCGUCCAGUAAUUUUAGGACCCAUGAGCAGAGCGGGCGCAACCGAGGCUUCGGUCGACGACCCCAAGGCCUGCAUGGAAAUUGCCCAGGAGAUCCUCCGGGCCAACUUCAGAGACUCGACGGACACACAUCCGCCGAUUGUUGAGAAUCUUUGUCUUCUGAUCAAGCAGCUGGGACACGCUGCUUGGGCUGUUGGCAUCUCGCCCGUCGAGCCUCGCACGGUGGCCGUCGUCGCCACGACGGUCGUCGCGACCAUCUCCCUCCUCUCCCUCGCUCGCCUGGGCUUGUACGUGAAAUGGAGCUCCUCGAUUCCCAGCCCUCUCAAGACCAAGAUCCCCGAGCUCACGAGCGAGGAGAUCAAGAGACUUCACUAUCGCCCCGACCACUUCCCGGGUGCCCGCGACGUGGAGACGCCGUACGGUUGCAUGCGUGUGUACGAAUGGGGCUCAACCACCGGACCCAAGGUCAUCCUCAUCCACGGCAUCAGCACAUCCUGCAUGACCCUUGGCCUCAUCGCCCACGCCCUCGUCGCCCGCGGCUGCCGCGUCAUGCUCUUCGACCUCUUCGGCCGCGGCUUCUCUGACGGCGUCGGGGACCUCCCCCACGACACCCGGCUGUACACCACCCAGGUCCUCCUCGCCCUCGCCUCCUCCCCACUGGCCUGGUCCGGCCAGAACUCCAUCAGGGUCAUCGGCUACUCCCUCGGCGGCGCCGUCGCCGCAGCCUUCGCCGCCGCCUUCCCCGACAUGGUCCAGAGCCUCGUCCUGCUCGCGCCCGCAGGCAUCAUCCGCGCGGCCAACUUCGGACACCUGGCGCGGCUCACGUUCCAGUCGGGCAUCAUCCCCGACCGGAUCCUCGCCUCCAUCACGGAGAGCAGGCUGAAGAAGCCCCUGGCGCCGAAGCGGUCCAACGUUGUUGAGGACGAGGACGACCCGGCAGAGAAGCUUGUCGACAUCGCCGCCGCCGAGGCGUCCUCUCCUGACGGCGGCGACCUCCCCGUCGACCAGGUCGUGCGCCAGUACAUCUCCUGGAUGGUCGUGAACCACCGCGGCAUGGUCCCCGCGUUCAUGAGCUGCGUCAAGCACGGCAUCCUGACGGAUCUGCACGACACGUGGCGCGCCCUGGGGAGGAGGAAGAAGGGCACCACGGCCGUCUUGAUCGGCCGGGCGGACGAGGUCAUCUUCGCGGAGCAUUACGCCGAGGACGGGCUGCCGCUGCUGGGCGGCGAGGAGAAUGUGCACUGGAGGGUCCUCCCUGGCGGGCACGAUUUUGUUAUGACCAAGAAGGAUUGCAUCAUGCGCGAGCUGGAUGAGUUCUGGGGUAUGAAGCUGCAGGCGUAG